CCGCUCGGCCCUGCUUGGCUGCGAGAGCUCCACCCGCGGCGCCUGGGUUCCACGCCGUGGGAGCCGGCAGCCGCGCGAACGCCGCGCCGAGGGGGCGGACCGACCUCCGCACAGCCCCGGGCGGAGAGAGGCGCGCGAGGGGCGAGAGCCCGGCGGCCCCAAAGCGUGCUGGAGACACCCCGAGCGCCCCGCGCCCUGGCACCAUGCGACCCGCCGCGCUUCCUCGUCGGCCCCGGGCUGUGCUCUCCGCUCGCUGAACCCCUGCGCUCGCCACCACGGAAACUCCAAAAGAGAAGGCGAGACAUUGGACAGCAGCGCCGAGACGGACUCCAGACUCCCCCUCCGCCCCGAAGAGGCUGCCGGCCCCUCGUUGCCCUGGCUUCCCUAUCUCUAUCAUGAACCUGGCGCAAGCUUGGCUUUAGGAGAAAUUGAGAAGCCGGAGGGGCGGGGAGCCGAGACAAUUCUUUGGUUGCUAAGCGUGAGUGAAGGCACUCGGAAUGGCUCAGGGAUCAGGGGAUCAAAGAGCAGUGGGGAUUGGAGAUCCAGAGGAGAGUUCUCCAAAUAUGAUCGUCUACCGCAAAAUUGAAGACAUCAUUACAAAGAUGCAAGAUGACAAGACAGGAGGUGUGCCCAUCAGAACAGUGAAGAGCUUUCUCUCCAAGAUCCCCAGCGUCGUCACAGGUACCGACAUUGUGCAGUGGCUUAUGAAGAACCUUUCCAUUGAAGACCCAGUUGAAGCAAUACACUUGGGAAGUCUGAUAGCUGCCCAGGGCUACAUCUUUCCAAUCUCAGACCACGUUCUCACCAUGAAGGAUGACGGCACAUUUUAUCGUUUCCAGGCUCCAUACUUCUGGCCUUCAAACUGCUGGGAACCUGAAAACACCGACUAUGCCAUCUAUCUCUGUAAGCGGACGAUGCAAAACAAGGCGAGACUGGAAUUGGCAGAUUACGAAGCAGAAAACUUAGCAAGACUCCAGAGGGCCUUUGCAAGAAAGUGGGAAUUCAUCUUUAUGCAAGCAGAAGCACAAGUAAAGAUUGAUCGGAAAAAGGACAAAACAGAAAGGAAGAUUUUGGAUAGUCAAGAACGAGCCUUUUGGGAUGUCCACAGGCCAGUGCCAGGCUGCGUGAACACAACAGAAAUGGAUAUCAGAAAAUGUCGACGUUUGAAGAAUCCGCAAAAAGUUAAAAAGUCAGUGUAUGGCGUAACUGAAGAGUCCCAGUCGCAAAGCCCUGUCCACAUACCCGCCCAGCCAAUCAGGAAAACGACAAAAGAGGACGUCCGGAAACAGAUAACAUUUUUGAAUGCACAGAUUGACAGACAUUGUUUAAAAAUGUCCAAAGUGGCUGAAAGCUUAAUUGCUUACACAGAACAGUAUGUGGAGUAUGAUCCUUUGAUAACGCCAGCUGAGCCUUCCAAUCCCUGGAUCAGCGAUGACAUCGCUCUAUGGGACGUAGAGAUGAGCAAAGAGCCCAGCCAGCAGCGGGUAAAGAGAUGGGGCUUCUCUUUCGAUGAGAUGUUGAAGGACCAGGUGGGACGGGACCAGUUUUUACGAUUCCUGGAGUCCGAAUUCAGUUCAGAAAACCUCAGGUUCUGGUUGGCUGUCCAAGAUCUCAAAAAACAGCCCCUCCAGGAUGUGGCCAAGAGAGUAGAAGAAAUCUGGCAAGAGUUUCUGGCUCCAGGGGCCCAAAGUGCAAUCAACCUGGAUUCUCACAGCUAUGAGAUAACCAGUCAAAACGUCAAAGAUGGAGGGAGAUACACAUUUGAAGAUGCGCAGGAGCACAUCUACAAGCUGAUGAAGAGUGACAGCUAUGCCCGCUUCCUCCGGUCCAGCGCAUACCAGGACUUGCUGCUGACCAAGAAGAAGCCAGAAAGUGAGCAAGGUCGUAGAACUUCCUUAGAAAAGUUCACUCGCAGUGUGUGCUGCUGGCGCAGAGUCAGAAUGGCCGCUGCGUUGCACCCCCGAGGCGGCUUCCUUCCAGCAGUGGGGAAAGUCGCUGGCGGGCAAGCGCCUCCCGGGCCUGAUGCAGUCCUCCUGACGGUGCCUUCCGCAGGGCCGGGGGCCGGGCCCGCGGACCCCACGGGCAGGCGGCGGCGCUCCACCUCCGCCGAGAGAGCCUCCUUGCGGGGAGAUCUGGUCACCGUGAAAGAGAAAGAGUGA